AUGGACGACAUGGGCGACAUGGGCGGUACGUCCAUGACCAGCACCAAUGUCUUCCAAGCCACCAACAUAGCUUUCGCCCAAGGCUAUUGGUAUUUCGUAGCAGCAGCCGUCGCUCUGCUGUUGCUCAUACGGAUCAUCAACUACGCUCAGAACUGGCUGAGACUACGUACCUCCCAAGUCAGCUCGGUCCAGUGCCCAACAAGACCGACGAACUGGUUCCUACAGACCUGGGCCACCUUGACCGCUGUUGGGAGGGAGCUGAGCUAUCCACAGCUGUACGUCCCAAUCCGAUACAUGUCGUGGAUGACACCGCCGCCCAUGGGUCGCGUCCUCGUCCUGCUCGUAUACUGGGCUGUCAUCAUCUACAUGAUGGCACGCAAUGUCAUCGUGGACGACGCCUACUACUGGGAGCGGAUUGGCUAUCGUAAUGCCUGGGUAACCGUCACACAGGUCCCGCUGCUCUACCUAUUGGCAUCCAAGACCAGCAUCAUCGGCCUGAUCGCCGGCACGAGCUACGAAAGGCUGAACUGGCUCCAUCGAUGGGUCGCCCGGACCAUGUUUGUUACUGCUACCGUUCACGGAUGGCACUUCUGGACGGAAUGGGUCAAGUAUGACAUUGUCGACGCGGAGAUGAAAUUGAUGUCCAGCAUGCUCCCGUAUGGCAUGGGCGCCUGGGGCAUUCUGCUGUGGAUUACCGUAACCUCGUUCAAGCCAUUCCGAGCCAUGGCAUACGAGGUCUUCGUCAUGCAGCACAUCAUAGCCGCCGUCAUGUUCCUGUGGGUUGUGUACGUCCACGUGCCCGCAGACGCCAGGUACAACGUCUGGUUCGCCAUAGCUGCCAUCUGUUUCGACCGCGUCUGUCGCUUGGGGCUGUUGGUGUGGCAGAACAUCAAGCUCAACCCCAAGAGGACUUGCUGUACCGGAGGGCAACGCUUCGGCCACCAGACACAGAUCUCGCGCAUCGGAGACUCGACGACCGUGUUGACCAUCAAGGAUGUACACUUCAAGUGGACUGCAGGGCAACACUUGUACCUCUGGUUGCCUCGCGUGGGCGCAUUCGAAACCCAUCCAUAUACAAUUGCCUCGUCUCAUCCGAUGCCCGAGACUUGCAUCUGCAACAGCAUCCAGUUGGUGGUGCGGUCCCACUCGGGCUUCUCGAAAAGGCUCAACGCGUUCGCGCAGAAGCUCGAGGCCUCGGACAAGAAGGAGACCGUGACAUCCAUGGUAGUAGGCCCGUAUGGCCGCCCUCCGCGAUGGGAUGCUUUCGAGACGUUGGUGCUCAUUUCGGCGUCGACGGGCGCCUCCUACACCCUCCCCAUUCUGGAGAGCGUGUUGCAAUCCAGGUCGCUAGGAUGCACAAAGCGUGUCGAUUUCCUAUUGAUAGCGAGGCAAGGAGAGGAGGUUGGAUUCUACCAUCAACGUCUACGUAAAGCGAUUGAGAGGGCCCAGUCGGUGGCUAUCGAACUUGCAGUACACGUGGCUGUGACGGGCAGCGGGCAACUGGAAACGAUAUCCGCAGUGUCUCUGCCAGUAUCUGCGGCGUUCACGACAAGCGUGGAGAAGAAGUCAACUUCAGAAAGCACGGUACCGUCGGAAGAGAUGGGGACAGUUGCGUCCGGGCGGAUACAUCAGCCGGAGGGGUUCUCGGAAACCAGCUCUGGCUCGCAGAUACAUCAUUCGGCAUGCAGACCCGAUAUCGCUGGCUUCGUCAGACGGUCAGUCGAAGCUACUGGAGGCGAGACUGGCGUGGUUGUAUGCGGCGGGCAGUCUCUGGUGGCCAAAGUGAGGACCAGCAUCGCAAAGCUGAGCGAUGAACGUGCUGUGCAUAAAGGAACAGGUGCGCAGGGGAUCCAUCUGCAUGUCGAGGAGUAUUGCUUCUAA